UUUGCGGCAGCGGCGCGGUUUGCGGCGCCUGUUGGAGAUGAUGGCCGCGCUCAGCUGUGGGGAGUUUUGGGGUCGCUCCGGGGGUUGUUUCCCUCAGGGCGCCGCUCCCUGCGGGCCGGGUGUUUAAAACUGCGUGUGUCGGUGUGUUUAAAGGGGUUUUAGGGCGGCGAGGGCCGGGCCAUGGAGCUCAGCGGGCUGGUGCGGGCCCUGAGGCUGGAGGGGCCGCGGGAUGAGCAGCCUCCCCCGGCCGAGCAGGUGCUGCUGCAGCUCGGGCUGCUCCUCUCCCAGGGCCCCGGCGGGGCCGGCGUGCUCAGAGACCUGGGUGUGCUCAUCGAGGCUGCGGACGGGCAGUGGCUGUUCGGGGGCCGGAGCCCCGCGGUGCUGGGCGAGCUGGUGGCUACGCUGAGUGGCCACGCCGCACCCCCAAAGCAGGAGCAAGACGCGGCGGAUCUCCCCGGGGAGGAGAGCGCGUACGCCGCGACGGCAGAGAGAGCAGCAGACGUUGGCUCAGUGUUUCUGCGUCUCCUUGAGAAGCUGGAAGCGGCCAAGGCUCAGGAGUCUCUGGGUGUCCCCGUGGUGUGUCCGAUCCUUGGCCGCGUGAUGGGGCCCAUCUACGUCUUUGCCGCGACACACAUUGUGGAGAGGCCCUGGACAAAUGCGAGGUCCCAGUCGGUGGCGCAGGAGCUGCUGGCGUCGCUGGUUCGGGCUGCAGACUGUGGGUCGGUGGCUGAAUUCCUGCGGGGGAAGGAUGAAGAUGAGGAGGGGAGGUUUGCAGCUGUGAUGGGGAUCUUGAAACAGGAGUUGACCAAAGACACGUGGAAGCGUAACCCAGCCACAAAGUUCGUGUUCUCCUGGACGCUGCCUCACGUCACCCGGCCCUGGCUGGGCCGUUACCUGGAGCGGGUCCUCCCGCCCUCGCUGCUCCUCUCGGACGACUAUCGGGAGGAGAAUAAGAUCCUGGGUGUGCGCUGCCUGCAUCAUAUCAUUCUCAAUGUGCCAGCUGCUGAUCUGUGCCAGUUCAACAGGGCUCAGGUCGUGUACCACGCGCUGUACAACCACCUCUAUUCGCGAGAGGCCCCUCUCAUCCAGGCCGUGCUGCUGUGCUUGCUGGACCUGCUGCCCAUCCUGGAGCGAGCGCGGCGGCAGCAGAAGCUGCCCAGGCCCACGGCCGCCUGCGACGAGGUGCUGCAGCUGGUUCUGACGCACAUGGAGGCCGAGCAUCGCCUGGCGCUGCGGCGGGUGUACGCCAAGGCCCUGCCGGCCUUUGUGCAGAGGCUUGGGAUCCUGAUUGCGCGGCACCUGAAGAGGCUGGAGCGCGUUAUCCUGGGCUAUCUGGAAGUCUGUGAUGGGCCUGAGGAAGAGGCGCGACUGGGAAUACUGGAGACACUGCGGAGCACCAUAGAGCAUGCUUGGCCCAGAAUGCCGUGCCGGCUCCCUGUGCUCCUCAAAGCCCUGCUGAGGAUGAUGUGGGAUGUACACACCGACCGAGGUUCCACGCCAGAGCCGGUGAAAGCCGCUUUGCUCCAGGGAGCCACCCAGUGCCUCAUCCUGCUGGAUCACUGCUCCGAAGGGCAGGUGAAGGUCCUGCUGGAAGGUGUGUACGGCAGCUGCGAGGAGAACCGUGUCCGGGAAUGCCUGAGACAAGUGCAAGAGAACGCGUGAGGCCUGGCUGAUCCAACGCUCACCUUGCUUUUUGUACAGUAAAAUAUUUUUUUAUUUAUUUGAA